CGCCAUGCAGCUGUGCCAAGGUGCCUCCGGUAUGGCUGCGGCCGAGGUGCCCGGCUACCUGGUGUCUCCCCAGGCGGAGAAGCACCGGCGGGCGCGCAACUGGACGGAUGCAGAGAUGCGCGGCCUCAUGCUGGUCUGGGAGGAGUUCUUCGAGGAGCUGAAGCAGACCAAGCGCAACGCACGCGUCUACGAGAAGAUGGCCAGCAAGCUGCUGGAGAUGACGGGUGAGCGGCGGCUGGGAGAGGAGAUCAAGAUCAAGAUCACCAACAUGACCUUCCAGUACAGGAAGUUAAAGUGCAUGGCAGACAGCGAGUCCGUCCCGCCCGACUGGCCCUAUUACCUCGCCAUCGACAGGAUCCUGGCCAAGGUGCCUGAGUCCUAUGACGGUAAACUGGCUGACAGCCAGCAGCCCGGGCCCUCCACAUCCCAGACCGAGGCCUCCCUGUCACCCUCCGCCAAAUCCACCCCUGUGUACGUGCCAUACAAGCAGUGCUCAUACGAGGGCCGCUGCCAGGACGCCGGCUCCGACUCCUCCAGCUCACUCUCCCUCAAGUUCAGGUCGGAUGAGCGGCUGCUGAAGAAGCGCAAGGCGCCAGGCUGCCCCCUGCAGAGGAAGAAGCUGCGGGUGCUGGAGGCCAUGCUGGACGAGCAGCGCAAGCUCAGCCGUGCAGUGGAGGAGACGUGCCGUGAGGUGCGCCGCGUGCUGGAUCAGCAGAACCUGCUGCAGGUGCAGAGCCUCCAGCUGCAGGAGCGCAUGAUGAGCCUGCUGGAGCGCAUCAUCGCCAAGUCCAGCGCGUGAGCGGCCUGGAGCACGACAGCACCAGGCCCAGUGCUC